GGAGGUCACGUAAUUUGGUAACAACAUGUCUGUGUUUUACCCCACCUUGUGCCUCUGUGCGUAUGGCUUAUUUGCCAACAUGCGACCAUCGGAGCCUUUUCUUACCGCAUACUUGAUGGGACCAGACAAGAACCUGACCGAGGCGCAGCACUCCUCCGCGGACGUGUCCUCUUGACAAUGGCAGCAUACCUGGAUGACCCGUACGACAUUGGCGCGCGGAUUGUGAGUUGCUCUCUUCGGAGGGCACGGGUUUUUGGAGACCGCCAGAAUCCACUGGCGAACCCGGACGAUGUUUUCCAUGAAAGAUAUAGAUUUUCAGCUGAGGGAAUUCGUUGCCUGUGCCAGCUGAUCGAGGUGGACAUCACUAAAGUAACCCGCCGAAGUCAUGCCCUCACAACCGCGCAGAUUGUGUGGCUGUCCUUGCGCUCUUUCCCCAGCGGACAAUAUACAGUUGUGAGUGAAAUCUACCCCAUCUGGACAUAUUCUUAUCUGGCGUUGCUGUUCCCCGUCUUUCUGGCCACCGACUACCUCUGUUAUAAGCCUGUGUUGGUGUUGCAGGCGGCGAGCUUUGUAGUUACUUAUGCGAUGCUGCUAAAAGCACAAGGCCUCCAGGCCAUGCAGUUGCUGGAGUUUUUCUUUGGGCUGGCCACCGCCUCGGAGGUAGCCUACUUCUCAUACAUCUACAGUGUUGUGGAGCCCACGCACUACCGCAGGGUGACCGCUUACUGCCGCAGUGUCACUCUGUUCGGCUCGGGCGCUGGCUCACUGAUCGGCCAGCUCCUUCUCACCGUGGCCCAAGUCCGGCUGGUGCACCUUGUCUGGGCUACGCUUGCGUCAGCUGUCAUAGCGUUUGUUCUCCCGUGGUUUCUGCCCAUGCCCAAGCGGAGCUUGUUUUUCCACAAGAAACCAGAGGGGACGACAGAGAGGCAGUGUGACUACAGCGGUGCCCUAAUUGAGAAAAUUGACCGCAAGGUACCUCUAGGCAAUGAGGAGGUCUCCACUGCAUCCCCAUCAUCAGCUGAGGUGCCAACCAGAAGCUGUGGCCUCUCAGGGGUCUUCAAGAUGCUUCUGGCUGACAUCCUACACUGUUACAGACGAGGUCCCCUGCUCGCAUGGUCACUCUGGUGGGCGCUGGCCACCUGCGGCUACUUUCAGGUGCUCAACUAUGCCCAAGCGUUGUGGGAGAACAUCCGCCCCUCCACUGAAUAUGACAUCUACAACGGCUAUGUGGAGACACUGUCCACACUGCUAGGGGCUGUAGCUGCCCUCCUGGUGGGCCACUUGCCUGUGCGCUGGACAUUGUGGGGAGAACUGGCCUUAUGUGCCCUGUCACUGCUCAUGGCUGCGUGCGUGCUCGUCAUGGUGACCCUUAAAAACAUUUGGCUGUGUUAUGGCACCUACAUCCUAUUCAGAGCCACCUACAUGCUGCUCAUCACUGUUGCCACGUAAGUUGCCAUUUCUUGCGGUUCGUAUAACCAACUCACUUACAGGGAUAUUAUUUGUUAGGUUGACCAUCUUCAUGUUUAUGUGUGCAUUUUAUAAGCUGCAGGUGGCUAAGGCGUGCACGCUAAAACUAGCAGCACAAAAUCCAUUCAAUGAAAGCAAAAAAAUGUCGCAAAAACGUAAUUCUUUAUAUGCUUUUUGUCAUUACUAAAUGUUUUUAAAAAGUUCAAUAUUCUAUAGUGGUACUUUCAUUACUAAAAACCACAUAAUUUUACUAUUAUUGUAAUUUUUUGAGAAUAGGCUGCACCCGCUUAAAACAAACUUUUACAAGAAAACUAUUUAUUUUGUCCUCAAUGUGUGUGGGAACACAAAUUGACAGAUAGCGAACAACUUAGGCUCCAAGGAGAAGUCAGACGCUGGAGCAUGGACUUCACUAUCAGUUGACGGGACACGGGGCAAGUUUUUGCCCGUAAUAGCAACUUAUUUUUUCUUAUUUAGUGCAAUUUUGACAUGAGUUUUCAACAGCUAAUAAAUCACUCAAUUUUCACAUGAGGAAAGCAUGCAGAAUCAUCUUAAUUUUAUUCAACAAAAGUAAAAUUUGCAUUUUUCUAGAUACAGUGACAGCUUAUUGAACUUACUGAAUUCCAUUGUCACAACUAGCUCAGCAUGUUUUGUCAGCUAUCUGGCACUUGUCAUUCAACAAGCUCCACUGCGAUCUCCAUGUUCUCAUGCUGGGCAAGCUCCUGCUUGCAGCACUCAGCCACAGAGGAGUUGGCCUGGACCUUCCUGGCCAGGUAGCUGGCGUUGUUGCCGACUCAGACUGAAACGAAACAAAAAUCAAAUAUAAAAAUUAAACUGUCAGCGAAAAAAUUAUUUUUGGAGCCAAAGUUUCAUCUUAUGCUAGUUGUGGACAAAACUUGCUUGUAGUUUGUAAAAGCAGAAUUUUUAAAAAUAUAGACAAAGAAAUGUCUAAAUUACAAGUUAGAGAUACAAAAUCCAACAUGGCGGCCUUCACAAAACUGAGCUUUUUAAGUUGAAAAUUCUUGUAAAUAGAUGCGUAAAUUACUGAUUUUUUUUUUAACAGAUAUGAACGUAAAACACUCUAGAUCAGGGUUCAUUGAAUCCAGACCUCGGUCAUUAUCAGGCUUCUGAUGACAGGUUGCUGAUGACAUAAUCAUUUGAUUCAGGUGUGUUAGGGGAGAAGGACGUGGAAAACACGACAGGAAAAGUGGCACCGAGGUCCGGAUUUAGUGAACCCUGCUCUAGAUUCUUAGUCGAAAGCAAAAAAAAAAAAAACGAAAAAAAACAAAACGGGCAGUUAUCAUUCAUUUUACGUAAAUAUUUUAGGCUAAUGUUGGGCUAUUGUAUAAUCCAAUGUGGCGGCCGUCACAAAACAGUUUUUUUAGUUGAGAAUUCUUGUAAAUAAAUGCGUAAAUCCCAGAAUUUUUAAAAUAUGUACGUAAAAUACUCUAGAUUCUUGGUUAAAAGCAAAAAAAAAAAAAAAAAAAAACGGUCAGUUAUCAUUCAUCUUAUGUAAAUAUCUUAGGCUAAUUUUUUCCAUUUCAUUUUUUUUUAAUGUUUCCAAGUGUAUGGAUGUUGCUAUUUUAUAUAAUAAUUACCUUGAAUCCUUAACCAAAUUACUCUUCAGACAAUACUGCCUGCUUGUAUGCAGUACAACUUUCGUCCUGUUUCAACCUAAAUCCGGCGUUGGAACGCAGCGUGUGUUCAAGGUUAUCACAGCUCUGCCUGCAUCUGUUGGCCUCCUUCCGGAAGAAAUGGUGCAAUGUCUGUGGGAGGUGUCCCGUCAACUGAUAGUGAAGUCUAUGGCUGGAGUAAAGUUUUUUUACGGAAGACGUAAAUUUACCUUGAUAAGAGCACUUUUUCAAGUGCAUUAUUUUAAGUACCUCGGGGUCUUGUUCACGAGUGACGGAAAAAUGGGACGGUAGAUCGACAGGCAGAUUGGUGCGGCGUCUACAGUGAUACGGACUCCGCAUUGGUCCGUCGUGGUGAAGAUGGAGCAGAGCCAAAAGGCGAAGCUAUUUACCGGUUGAUCUACGUUCGUUCCCUCACCUGUGGUCACGAGCUGUGGGUUCAGACCGAAAAAACAUCCCAGAUACAGUAUGAGUGUCUGAAAUGAGUUUCCUCUAUAUGGUGUCUGCCUUAAUAAGGUGAGAAGCCCGGUCAUCGGGAAGGGGCUCGGGGUAGAGCUGCUGCUCCGCCGCAUCGAGAGGAGCCAGAUGAGGUGGCUCGGGCAUUUGAUUAAGAUGCCUCCGAGGCACCUCCGUGGUGAGGUGUUCCAGGCACGUCCCAGUGGGAGGAGGCCACGGGGUCGACCCUGGACAAGCUAGGGAGACUAUGUCUCCCGGCUGGCCUGUGAAUGCCUUGGGAUCCCCCAAGAAGAGCUGGAUGAAGUGGCUGGGGAGAGGGAGGUCUGGGCUUCCCUGCUGAAGCUGCUGCCCCUGUAGCCCGAUCUCGGGUAAGCGGGAGAAAAUGAAUGGAUGGAGAGCACUUUUUUUGUAAGACUGAAAACAACAAAGAUUGUGUCAAUAAUAUGCAAAAGUCACAAAAUAACGUAUACAUUAGUGUUGUAUCGGUCGCGAACGAUUCGUUCUUUUUGAACGAAUUGUUUGGGUGACCGAGACCGAACUAAUCACCAUCUGCACUGAUUCGUUCUAUGAAGUUGGUGCUUGUUCACUGCGUGGGAGCGCGUUGAGCAAGCGGCAGCGUCUUCUGACAUCGCACACGACCAAUCAGACGCCAGCCUCAUCGCGGGCAGGGUAGGGACCGGAAACAGAAUCAGGGCGUAUGUCACUCACUUCCACGUGUGGCCAAUGAGCAGCCAGCGUGCAGGCAGGGGGGCAAGACUGAGUUUUGUCACUUCCCGUUCAGUGACUCGGUCCUCCGGUUCCUGACCUAGCUUGCUGCUAACUUGACUUUCCAGUAAUGACUAUGCGGUGAACGAAUCAAAAAAUGAAAGGACAGGACUUUGUCACAUAUUUGUUAACGUGGAGCCUAUCAAAUGCAGCUCAAAAAGACAAAAACACCACACAAAUCUAGCGAGCAUGGUUUAGUGUACUACUUUUCUCAACAGACUCGCGACUACCUAUUACGACAUACUAUCAAAUUUACAGUAAUUUAAAACACGGGUAGCUACGAGGCAAGUAAAAGCUGAGCUGCGGUCGCGUGACGGCAAUGAAGGGGCCAAAGAACUGUCACUGUAAGGAGGCUUCGUGGCAGCGAUAUUUACCUCAUAUGUGCACAGAAAAAAAGAAUAUUUAGUAUGAUCACCAUAAUACUGAUUUGCAGUGAAACGGUAUAUACUUGUCCAUUUUUUCCAAGUGUUUUAUUUAUUUAUUUUUUCGUGUCAGGUGUUGGUUGGUUUGACAAAUUAUGUCAAUCCGUCCAUCAUGUGCUACUCAAGCGCCCCAAAACAACGCACAUGGACACGGGAAAUGUCGCAAUAUGUCUACAUUUUUCUUAACAGACUAAUGAGAGUAGAAAGGCGAUAUCGUAAAGAGCAAACAAUUAUUUCUCGUCAGCAUUUGACGAUCUGAGAUGCGGGGACGACAGGGGAGCUGACCGUUUUAUUUUAUUUAUUAAUACCAGUGCAAAAAUUCAAUACGAUCACCAUAAUACUGAUUUGCAAUGAAACUGUAUAUACAUGUCAAUUUUUUCCGAGUGUUUUAUUUUUUUUUUCGUGUCAGAGCGUGUCGGUUGGUUUGACAAAUUAUGUCAAUCCGUCCAUCAUGCGCUACUCAAGCGCCCCAAAACAACGCACGCGGACACGGGAGAUGUCGCAAUAUGUCUACAUUUUUCUUAACAGACUAAUGAGGGUAGAAAGGCGACAUCGUAAAGAGCAAACAAUCAUUUCUCGUCAGCAUUUGACGAUCUGAGAUGCGGGGACGACAGGGGAGCUGACCGGAUUAUUUUAUUUAUUAAUACCAGUGCAAAAAUUCAAUACGAUCAUCUUAAUAUGGAUUUGCAAUUAAACUGUCAAAUAUCAAAAUGUAGUAUUGUCUUUAUUUCAGAGCAGCACAUUCAACAACUAGCUAUUUACACUUAUAGUUUUAACAGUAGUAACUAAAAAUAAUAGUGAUGAGCAGAAAAACAAAAAUACAACAGAGCGAGAGGUAAAUAUGAUGUGUUGGUCGUUCCAUAUUUAGAAAUUAAACUUUCGAUUUAUUUUUAUUUUCGUGACCAGCAAGCAUGCUGCGUUGGUUGGUAGCAGGCUAGCAGCAGCAUUGUAUAUGUGAUCAAGAACAUGCUAAAGAAAGUCCGUGCACCCCCGACCCCAAACCCCCGCCAAAAGGAAAAUGUUUAACCGUGUCCUAAAUCGAAAUGCAAGCACGAGCCAUGACUUUGAGCCCAUAGAACUAGGACAGACGACGCGGAAGUUCUCCCUCGCUUUUGCAGCAGCGGGAGGGAGACGAGGCUGUCUGUGAAAGCAGAAUGAUAUUGCCUGUCACUCAUUACUGAAACUACGACAAGUGGUCAAUGAGGAGCCUGUGUGCAAGAGAGAGGGAGGGACCAAGAAUGUCACUUCCCGUUCAGUUAUACUGCGAAGCGGUCUUUGGUGAUUCGUUCGGCAACGUCACUUCCCGUUCACUAACCGAACGAUUCAUUUGGGCGGGAAGGGAGAUGAGGGGCGCGAACGAUUCGUUGAACGAUUCGUUUGAACGAAUCUUUUUACUGAACGAUCCGGAAUGGAUUCGUUUACUCAAGUGAACGACAGAUCCCGUCACUAGUAUACAUAUUACGUGUCCAUUUGUAUAGCUGUACUAGUAUUUCAGCUUGCAAGCAAUGAAAUAAUGUAACUACAAUUUACCACAAAUGCAAACAAACGAAAUAUACACAUCUCCAGUAUACCACAUAACGGUAAUGAACAUAAAAUAAAGAAAGAAUACAACUUACAAGCGAUGCUUGUAUAAGGCACAAACCAUGUGGUCAGAUGGCGAGAACUGCUGUUGUAAACUGGCUGCAGACGUUAGCUUGUCCAACUAGCGUCGAUAUAUGAUUAUGUCAGCAAAAAGUGCUGGAACCUUUCAAAACUAAUCACACAUAAGCGCCAGCAGGGGGCAACAAUACAGCAUAAACAUAUGGAGUCCAUAAGAGGACUUAACACUAUUUGUUGAUUUAUUGUCGGCAUUGGGCUAUAAGGGGCAGGCGUCUACAUUGUAUAAUGGGAUAUUUACACUCAGUUACCGAUUAGUAUGUAAAAUCCAUGAAUAAACCACAUUGCAGUUGUGCACAUUCAAUUCAUUGUGUUGAUGCCCAUUUGUUUUUUGACAUUGAUGACCCAGUUUUAGUGCUCACACUUCACCAUUAAAGAUAGUAUAAUAAAACUUAUGAGCGUGAGACCAGGUUUAAACAGGGUUCAA